UCUCUGUUUAUAAAUAAACGGCAAGUGAAUAGCGUAAAUACGUAUAUCUUGUAUGCAACAAAUAUAUCACUCGUCCGUAAAAUCAAAUAAAUAACAUUUUCUUUUAUAAUAAUACUUACUAAUUAAAAAAUAACUUACAAAUUUUAAAAAAGUCAAAAAAUAAUGGCUGAUAGAGCUCUUCCUAUAAUAUUUAUAAAUUUGAGUGGCGAAAUGAUUUAUGUUAUUCAGCAAAGACUUGAAGCUCAAAAUAUAUCAGAGGACAAGUCUAGAAAAGUUAUUCAAGAUAUUAUCAGUACAAUGCUUAAUGAUCAGUUUAUUAAAGAAUUAUUUGAGCCACAACAUAUGUAUUCUAGAUCAGCAAUGCAGUCUGUUUUUGAAAAAUUAGUUCAUUCUUCUAUAAUGAGGUUAAACAGCAACAGCAUGAGCAAGCUGUAUGAUUUAAUGCUGAUGGUUUUCAAAUAUCAAGUGGUUAAUUGUGAAAUUCCAGAAGAAAUACUACUUGUGACUUUAAAUCACAUGGAUGCAAUUAAGAACUGUGCAAAACCAUAUCCAGAAUUAAAGGAAAAAGUCGAAAAUGUUUAUUCACUGCUUAUUUCUAAUUACAAGGAUAUGUCACAUGAAGAUUAUCAGUGCUUGUACAAAUGCAUUGAGGUGUUUUUGAAAGAUCUGAACAUUAGAGUUUCUGUGCUGAUGAGGCUUGGUCUUCAGUUACCAUCUGGCGAGAUUACUCCCUGUCGAAACAAACAGAUGCCGAAUGUGGACUAUGCAAAAAACAAUUUAAAAAAUAAUGCGAAUUCUCCAGUGUCGCAAAUCAAAGAUCCAAUACAAGAGUUAUUGUCGUAUAGGAGACUUGAAAUUGAUGGGGAUAGAGGCAUAGAACUUGGGAAAAACAUAUAUGUACAGCCCAAUUCAUUGCAAUCCAAAGAUUCAGUUUCUUCUGCCAAGAUAACUGCAGAUCAUUCUUUGGAAAACGAAAAUUGUCAAGCUUUAGAAGAAAUUACACUUUUGGGUCGUCUCAUUGGAAAAUGUAAUCAGUCUGAUUUUGUUCCUGAAAUUAAGCUUUCUGCAAAUGAUGACAAGGAAGAACAGUAUUAUGGAAAUGAUAUCAAAGAUAACUGCUCUGUUGUCAAUAUUAAUGCAUCUCAGGUUGGUCAAGAUGAACUGGGGCGAAUUUCAAAUGAGUUCCUACUUACAGAAGAAAAAAGGGAAAGAAAUGAUAUUUUGGAACUUUUAGAUAUAGCAGAAAGCAACACAAUAUAGUUUUAGUACACAAAUGCAUUAUGAGAUUUCAUUCUCAUUCACGGAGUUAUUAAACACAUAUGCACUGUGAUAAUUGUUUUUAUGAAAAUGUUUUUGUUUUGUUUUGUUUAAAUUGUUAUGCAACACAAGUUAUAUGUAAAUUUGAAUAAAAUAUGAAAGAUAUACUUC